CAAGAAUUUUGAUGAUGUUCUUCUCAUAUUCUAUUUGCUUUUAUCCACGUAUUCAUCACGCAGCUGCUCCGUCCUCAGUCCCCAAAGAUGUCGCUAAAACUUCGCGAAAUCUGUUUGGAAGACUUUGAGAGCAUGUCCAACCACGCCAAAUUAUACCCAGUCGGUGACGACCUAGUCGGACCUCCAACUCCUAUUUGCUGGCUAGUAUCUUCACAAGCUGAGGCACAAGAGCGACUGCGGUUUCACAUGUCCAAGCAAAGAAGCAGAUUUCUGGGCGAUCGCUCUGCAACGUAUCUCAAAGUGGUCGACGAAGACACUGAUGAGAUCGUCAGCAUAGCUCGGUGGCACUAUUACCCCAAUGGAUAUUCCUACACAGACGGUAUUCCGUGGGAGAUCCACAGUCCCGUGGAGGGCCAGUCUUUCCCUCUGGGCAUGAACAUCGAGUUACACAAUUUCAUCCUUUCCGAACGGGAUGCUGAAAGAAAGAAUUGGAUGGAAAAAGGUGCCCCUUGCUGGAUUCUGAUGCACUUGGUCACGCGGCCUUCUCAGAGAGGUCGAGGAGCGGCUGGCAUGUUGAUUGACUGGGGCGUUGAGAAAGCGAGAAAGGAUGGUGUUCCAGCAUACCUCGAGGCUAGUGCUAUGGGUCGACCUAUUUAUGAGAAGCAUGAAUUCAGUCAAAUUGGGGACCUGAUUCAGUUGGAUUUGAGACCAUUUGGCGUUGAUAUGGAUAUUGUGAUGGCCAAAAUGGGAGUAUUUCCAAAGAAUUAGGGAAGUAGCAUUUUAUAGAUCUAGAAGGGAUGAGCUCACGUCUCAGAUGGGUAUAGAUGAGUCCUCUAAUUAGUAUU